AGUGACAAAUGUCAGUUCAUUUGAUUUAGAUCUAGGUCAAUAAAAAAAUACCUUUUAUUUAACUUUGUCUGAAUAAUCUACCGAAUAUCUAGAUCUAGAGUUUAUGUAUUCUAAUUCUUAAUAUGCCAAUGUACUUGAUACAUGAUGAUAGACAGAGGAGAAAACGCCUACUUCCGAAAAUUUGUUUACAAAACAUCCAGACGACCAGUUACUGAAUUAGCCUGGUCAAGUGGUCAAGCUGGUAACUCAGGAGCAAGUGGCAACUAAACACAGUUUGCAAGGCCUUUUAUAAACUACAUAAGGGGAAUCACUCCUAACUAUACAAAAACCAUCAUGGACAAUGAUGGGUUACCUCUUGUUGGUCCUGGCAUAGAUUACACUAAGGUGGAAGCCAUUAGCCAGAAAAGGACCAUUGCAUUUAUCAAUCAUUUCAUAACACACACAGCACGUUUUUUAAAUCGUUUUGGUAAUGUAUGUGAAGAAAAAUUGGAACAUCUCCAUGGGAGACUUCAGCAGCUGGAAAUCUCACUUAGUAUCUUGGAAGCCAAGCUUUCCUCAAUACCAGGACUUGAAACAGUAACAGUUUCACAAUCAACUUCUGCUACUCCAGCUGCACAGCCUUCUACAGAGAUCACAGCACCAACUCCAGCUGCUCCUGUUCCAUCAGCCGUUAUUGCUAAUCCCCAAUCGGAUGCUCCACCACCUCCGCCACCUGAAGAAACAAAACCUACAAAUACAGUCUCUCAAGAUCCAAGAUACAUGAAAUUUUUUAAAAUGCUGCAAUUUGGAGUUCCUCCUCCAGCCGUGAAAGGUAAAAUGGCUAUGGAAGGUUUAAACCCAGAUUUAUUAGACACCCCAGAUGCCCCUGCACCAGCAGGUGGAGCCCCAACCAAUGGGGAUGCAAGUGAUCAAGAAGAGUCAGAUAGUGAUGCUAGCUUUAGUGAUUAAACACCAAGUUCUUGUUAGGGAGUUCAAACCCUACAGCUGGACAUUAGGUGUCUUAUCCAUCUGGACAUUAGGUGUCUUAUCCAUGAAGAAACAAUUUGUGUGACUGUAUUUUGUAUAAACAGAAUGAACCAGAUUAUAUCUUCAUCUUAGUAGAACAUUGAAUUUGGUUUUUUAUUAUAUGACAUUUGUUGAUUUAAAAAAAAAAAAAAUAUUAAAAAAACAAAAAGAACAAAAGUUUGGCCAAUUUUCUCCCAGUAUUUCUGUUGUAUAAAUGAUCUCUAAUGCUCCAUCAGUAGUCUCAUCAGGUAUGCUUCAACCAUCAAUUUUCCUUAAGCAAUCCUAUGAUUGUUCUGUCUUUUGUUUUUAUGACCCAUCAAUUUUCUUCCACUUGGUUUUUAUGGUUAUCAUCUGUCAUGAUUUUGAAAGUCAUGUCACUCACAAACUCCAAGUGUCAAAGAGUCUGCUACUACUUUCUAAGGCAUUUCUUUGAAGACAGUGAGCUAGAGUAUUGUAUAAAUACUUGAGAGUUGAUACUCAGAUAUUUCACUUUGUUUAUCUUGUAUGUGCAUCCCUAAUGUUUUAUUGCAAUAUUUGACAUAUGUAUAUGAUGAUUGUAAGUAUAUUGUGAUAAAGUGUUUAUGUACAGUUGUUAUAAAAUGUACAUGACUAAAAUAUGUGAAUGUAAACUUUAUAAAGAGAACUAAAUGAUUUGAACUCAAA